AUGCCUCGAUCCAAACGCGCGCGCGUGAUCCCGACCUCGAAAACCGGCAAGAACCGUAAAGAGCUGGUCCAACGGCUGCACUCGCGCAUCCAGGCCGCCAUCGACGCCUACCCGUCCAUCUGGGUCUUCUCGGUGCAGAACAUGCGCAACAGCAUCAUCAAGCGCAUCCGCGCGCAGCUGGGCGACAACAGCCGCAUCUUCAUGGGCAAGACGAAGCUGAUGGUGCACGCGUUGGGCGCGUCGGUCGAGACGGAGUAUGCCCCGGGGCUGAGCGGGUUGACGCCGUAUAUGCGCGGGGAGGUCGGGCUGUUGUGUACGCGGCUGGCGGGGGCGGAGGUGGAGGGGUAUUUUGCCGCGUUCAGCGAGGUGGAUUAUGCGAGGGCGGGGACGAGGGCGGAGGCCGGGUUUACGAUUCCGAGGGGGGAGCUGAGGACGCGGUUUGGUGUUGAGGGCGCCGAGGGGGAGGAGGAUCUGAUCCCCGUUGCGGUUGAGCCGACGCUGAGGAAAUUGGGUGUCCCGACCAGGAUUGUCAAGGGUAGGGUUGUGCUGGAGGAGAGUGCGGAGCCAGAGGGGAUGGAGGAUGGAGAGGACGGUUACGUGGUCUGCAGGCCGGGUGAUGUUCUGGACUCGAGACAAACGACAUUGCUGAAGAUUUUUGGAGUCAGGAUGGCGGAGUUCAAAGUGAGUCUCAGAGCGGUGUGGGAGAAGGUGGGCGGAACAGUGAGGGAGGUUGGUGGCAUGGACAUUGAUGCAACGGCGGAACCCUGA